ACUUUAUGCUCUGUCUUGACGCUUUAUCGCUAAUUCGCGCGGCGAAUCAGUUGCGUUGGGAGCCACAGGCUUUGACGUUUGAAGGCUGUGAGUGGCGGGGCACGAGCAUAUCGAGACUGGAGCUCGUGAGGUGUCCUUGCGUACACUAAGAAAGUACGAUGGACUGCACGAGACACUGUUGUGAUUAAGGUAUGUUAAGCGCCCCAUUAAUGUAGAACUGAGAUGGAGGCUACAGCCGGAACUGGGACUGUCUCCUUAUCUGAAUCCAAGCCUAACCUUCAGAAAGUAGCAUGAGUCCAGGAACUGUGUGUGUCAGCUCGGAAAGAGCAAGUCCUCGUGCUGGUCACUCUUCCACUUCUCCUUCAGCACAACCUCACUCUCUCGCAUCUGGCGACUCUCAUGCGCCAGGUCAUCUAAACGGAGUAGCUUCACCUGGUCAGGGGUCAGGCUCUAGCCCGUCCCCGACAAGCCCACCUGGCUGCAACCUGCUCCCAGAUCUAGCUAUCCGUCAAUUUACACCCGCUUCCCUUGCUUCAACGGUGGCCGGGAUGGUAGGUGCGGGAAUGAAGUCAGGGUUUGAUAUCCCCCACACUUCAGCUGGUGUAACCGUUACAGGAAUGCCCUGGUCCCUUAUGCCAGGCAACUAUGGGUACGGUGGAGGUAGUGGUGGUCGAUCAGAUCGCCCAGUACACACAGGUUCUCCUCCGGGGAUCCCUGCGGACUCGGCCCACGAGUGUCGUCUGAUCGAUUACCGCGGUGCCAAAGUGGCCGCAUUCCGAGCGAAUGACGAAUACUUGCUGUGUCUACCACAGGCUUUUGAACUGUUCCUGAAACACCUGGUCGGAGGACUACACACAGUGUACACCAAAUUGAAGCGGCUGGACAUCACCCCAAUCGUAUGUAACGUGGAGCAGGUCAGGAUCUUGCGGGGCCUAGGAGCCAUUCAGCCCGGCGUGAACCGCUGUAAGCUGCUGUCCUGUAAAAACUUCGACACUCUAUACCGAGACUGCACAACCGCCAGGUAG